AACACUAGGUAACACUUGUAAAUAAUAAGCAAGUUAUUAGCUAGCUAGCGCAUAGCUAGCUUAGCUCCGGUUGCUGACAUGUCUGCCAAAGUGAAAAAGAAAGGCAGUAGACCUAUAUUCAAGAUUUACAUCCAACUUCCCUUCGGGUCAGCUCGGCCAUGCCUGCAAGAAAUUUCAGGACAAACAAAGAUAAAAUCAUUGAAAAAUAGACUAGACAAGGAUUUUGGACUACUGCCAGAAAUGUAUCACCUCUCCUACCUAGAUGCUGCACCUCUAGAAGAAGAUACAUGUAUAUCGAGACAUGAUGUAAUUACUGGAGCAACCCUGACACUAACACCUUGGAGGAUCUGGGAGGAUCUGCUGAAAGCGGCGUAUCUCGGGAACAUUAGCGACUGUUUCGAAUGCUCAGUAAAUAUUACUGGCCAGUCAUCCUGGAGUAAAUACUGUGCCUGGACUGCUCUAUAUAUCGCGUCCCAUCAAGGCCACCACAUCCUCGUGGCUAAACUAUUAGAGAGAACUCAUUUGGCAAUCAAUACGACAAGCCCUUACGGAAGGACUGCUCUACAUGCUGCAGCAAAAGGAGGUCACUGGAAAACGUUGUGUGUACUACUGGAUAACGGUGCUGAUGUGAGAAUCAAGGACGAUGAUAACAAGACGGCAUUUGAUCUCAGUAGAAAGUACAGUCAUAAGAAGUGCGAACAUAGCUUGAACUUUUGUCAAUGGAAUCUCCAAAAGCACCACAUCGUAAGAGAGCGGGAACUCGAUUAUGAUGCUGGGAAUGCUCGCCGGAAAGCUGGUCGAGAAGCACACAUGUACGCGGACUCCACCCAUUCUCCUGGUUUACGAGGCACACAAGGACAAAUCUACAUGUAUCAAACACCCAAUCCAGUAUCAGUCAAACAUGUUCAAGACUUUGAGGAGAAGGAUAAGACGAGUAUCCAGAAACCACCUGUAACUCUUGAGAGCGAAAGUGGAGACGGUGGAAAAUUAGACUUCAAUUACGGCUGGUUUGACCCCCUGAGGGCACAGCAACUCAUACCCUCCACCCAUGACGUGAUAACAUACUCCGACCCUUCAUCUUGCCAGCUGAGACCAAAGUCCAUUGUCAACCCUGGCGGUUACACUUCAAGAUCAAAGAAAUCUGCAGGAAAGAGGGGAGGGGCUAGUAGCCUGCAAGACUGAACUUUGACCUAGUUUUGCAGUCCACGUGGCUUUUUGUAGCUUAGUGAUUUACAUUUGUUUUGUGUGUUCUAUUCUCUAUCCGUUGUACUUGUUGCUAUGUCAAAGAGAAGUUCUUCAAUCAGAGAUGAUCAAAUUGAAGAAGAA